AGGAACACUUUCCACACUGUCUUCUUCCUUCACCGUUUUCGUGUUAGGGUUUUCAAAGUUGCAGCGAUUUCGCGCAUCCAACGAACUUCGACCAACGCGUCUUCAGUAACCAAGUCUCGAAAGAGAUCGCGAUUUCCGCAACGUUCCAUUACCCUAACUCGCGGAAUCAACAUCAUCGGGCGACACGUGGCAAUGGCUUACGUGGAUGAGGAUGGUUCUUCUGGCUCUGCUGAAGACAUGAAUAUGUUGGAUGGACAAAAGCGUAACCCUGUUGUUGUGCCGUCUGGCUCCGGCGGCCGGAAGCGGAGCCGGAAGGCGAACGGCGACGCCAUUGUGGAUGCCAUGCUAGAGAUUGCUGCUGCCUCAAAGAUGAGGGCCACUGCAAUUUUGAAGAAUGAGGAUAGGUUCUCCAUAAGCAAGUGCAUUAAGGUGUUGGAUGAGUUGCAAGGUGUUGAUGAACGGCUAUACUUUCUUGCUCUGGAUUUGUUUGAGAAUAACUUGUGUGCCCGUGAGAUUUUCAUCUCUCUCAAGGGUGAAAGGAGGUUGCCGUGGUUGCAGUGCAAGUUCAGUGUUCCCUCUGGUUGAAAUUGUUUUGAAAGUUCUUGGAUCAUGUUGUACAGUCAUGUAGGUUGAAGAGGAAAUGUGUAUAUAUUUUUAAUUUUGAGUGGUAAAUCCCCGUUCCCAUAGUUUAAAAAUUAUCGUUGGGGUUGCUGUUAUAUGCAUGACUGGGAAUUUGAAAUGCUUUCUGAAACUACGAAGCAGAUAUAUCAGAAUGACAUACAGUUUUUGCAGCAUUCGACUCUUUUGAGUUUAUCUUUGUAGAUACACCAAUCAGGAUGGAUGACAUUGACCUGAAAUUGCAUCAGAUGGGACUCAUUCUCCUUGCUAGCAGCAGCAGCUGGAAUGAAAUGAGUUUCAUCUGAUCCAAACAGGGCCAUGGUUGGGAAGGCUCUGUAACAGACGUACGAUUGCUAAGGUUGUUCUUGGUUGUUAGUACUAUAUAUGUUGUUUAGACUCAUUAUCUGUUUCCACUUAUUUAUUUCAUUGGAUUGAAUUUAUUUUA